AUGCAAGCUCUUAUUUUAAAAUUAAUUAUUUUAGUUUCUAUUCCAAUCAUUAUAGGUGUUGGAAUAGUUUUAACUAUAUUCUAUAAGCAGCUUUGGCUUGCGCUCGAUGAGUGGGAAAGAGACAGUAGCAAAUGGAUAUAUCAGACGCAAUAAUAAAUCCUAUACAAUUCUGUACUAUCACAAUAACUUCUAGAAUAGUACAGCUUUAACUAACUCUAAUUACAUAUGGUCGUUAUGAAAAGUUUACUCUCAAAAUAUUAAUAAUCUAUAAUCAUACAAAAUCCUGCAGCUAAUUUUACAGUUUGUUCAUAUAGAGAAUUGAUAUUCAAUUAAUGUGCUUAAAAUGUUUAUGACUAAUUAAAUUAAAAUAUGUUCUAUGCAGAUAUGUACUUUGUAAGAUCUAAUUUUUCAUUUAACAUCCUUACUCCUCAACAAUAAUAUUUCAUUGAAAUGAAUAAUAGAGUUUCUUUUUAUGCAAGGGCAUCUUUUCUAGCAACUCAAACUGAAGGACUUAUCUAAUUGAUAUACUUAUAUAACUCUGAUACAACUUCUAUUUCAUAUGGCGUACCUUCAGGGUUUUAUAACUAUACAGAUUCUGAUUAUGAAACCUGUAUGGGUAAUGGUUACAUAGAACCAUAUGACCCAAGAUGUAGACCUUGGUACACCUACGCUUAGUAGAAUCAGGGAUUCUUCAUUUAUGAGCCUUAUAUUGAUGCUAUUAUUGGUAAUUUACUGAUGACUCUUUCUAGUUAAGUUGAUUAUAAAAACGAGUUUUAUUCUGUAGAUAGUAUUGACUUUGGAAUGUAUUUUAUCAUCCUAUGCUAAUAUUCUAUCAGGUUAUGUCUUGGGCAGAUUUAGAAUAUAUUAAUAUAAAUUAAUUUUGCAGUGAUUCUGUGGAAUUAAUGUAAUAAUGCUAUAACUAAAAAGAAGACUUUUCUAGUUAAAUAGAUCAGACAAUACAAUUUAUCAAAAGUGGUAAUUAUUCUAUUGAUGAUCAAUUUAACUUGGAUUUGUUGUAUUAAACAUGGGAAAGAUUUGGAUAAAAACUCAUAAGCAUAAUUUUCCCUAUCAAGAGCUAGAUGA